AUGGGCUUGAAGGACAAGCUGGGGAUCGCUCUCCUCAAAAGGAAACUCAAGAAAAAAGGGUCGUCCAGCGGCGGCGAAAGCGACGGCGACGAAACGGAUGGCAAGGUUUUCUGAAGAGGAAGGUCCAAAAGGUGUCAAGUUGAGAGUUUGAAAAUUUCCGGAGAGGUACUUCAAGGCCUGUCAGAAAUGGUAAAUGACCUGAUAACGCAAAUUAAUUAGCUUUUGUAAGGUUCUGUAUAGGGAGAAAGAUACAUUGACUUGUGAAGGUCAUGUUUGAAAUCAUCUCAUUUCUGGUUAACCAUGGUAAACGCGUUCAUCACUUUUUUUCAGCUUCAGUGAAUCAAAUUUUAGAUGUCAUAUCGAUAAGUUGUACAUAGUUAAUAAUUAAUUAAUUAUUUUACUCAAACUAUCUGCAGUCCGAAGAUUUUUACGUAUAGCCAAUGAGGCGCUGUAUCUUUUCUUAUCUUGUCAAUACUUUUUUCGAUGACUCAAUUUAGCCAUGAAUCAGCUAAAGCUUCCAGCAAAGUCUUAUCGAAUUCUCAACUCUCCACCUUUUGUACUACCUUCGUAAAAGAGAGAUAAAAGAACUAAAAUAUGGUCUCAGCCAUCGACGGCUUCCACGACGUCCGGCGACGAAACGGCCUCCUCCUCAAAUCCAUUGAAGCGAAUUUUCCGUUCAAAAAAAGAUUCCGAAUCUGGUACUUCCAAAGAUGAAACAAAUAUUUCUCCAGUUUGUUUCCAUUUCAAGUUGGAGGCUUUUUGCGCAAUUUUUUUUGUGACAACUGUGUAGAUUACUUUUUUGAAAGAACAGGAAAGACAAAACCUUUUCUUCGUUAUUUUGCUAGGAAGUAUUUUUUUGAGAAAGGCGAUUUGCUCUGAAGAAAACAGAAAAAUUUGUUUCAAGAACCCUGUUAACUACUAAUAAGUUAUCUACUAACAUGGUUUUAAAAAAAACUUUCGAUGUUCCGGGAAAUAUUCAGAUGUUCUCUUGAAUAGUGUUUUCGAAUUUUCAAAAACUUUUGAAAAGGUAAUCUUCAGCUGUUGCAAAACUUUGCACUAAAAUCCUCCGUCAAAAAUAUUAGUUUAUGAGGAAAAGGAGAUUUUUAGGACGAAGACGUCUUGGGAGACAAUGAAGAAGAAACGUUUGUAGUGGCGAAAGAUGCCAACUUUGGAAUGAAAAAAUACACGGAUACGGACAAACCCGCCACCUGGAAUGUUUGACCUUCAUCCUAACAGAAGCUGAAUCGGACGUCUUUGAAGGUCCUUGUGCGAGUAAUCGAGGCGCGCGACGUCGACUCGGGAGCUUUGCGGGUUCGUGCCGUCGUCGAUGGCCGCCAGAAGGCCACGAGGACGGUCACUCAAGUGACGCCUAAAUGGAAGCAAAACUUGCUGUUCACCGAGAAAAAUAUCAGCUUGGAAAAGCUCGCCUCCCAAAUGCUUACGUUGAAGGUGAAGAUUACCAAGCAAUUUUAUCUAAACUCAAAGAGAGAACUGUAAAAAAUUUUAGUUUUAACUGCGAGUUGGGAAAAUAUUUUUCAUUGGUUGAACUUUCUCCUAGAGCUGAAAUAAAUCUCCUUCCUGAGAAAGCAUGUACCUAAAAUCGACCUCUAGAAGGAAAUCGAUUUUUUAUGGGCAUAGAUCUAAAAAAAAAAAUCGAAAAAUCUGGUUUUGGUGGUCCUAGCCUAAUCAGAAAAUCUCAGUGACCAAAAUAAAAUGGAUUUAGUUGACACGAGCAACGCGUCUGGGCGAAACUGUCCUCGGACGAUUCUCGUGCCAUCUUUCUGCCAUUAUCCAUACUUCGGAUCGUUCAAUCAUCGGCAAAUGGGUCGCUCUAUCGGAGCCGACCGAUGACGAAGAGCACGACGACGUCAUCUAUGAAACUUGCGGCUUUUUGAAGGUUCCAUCCAUUCAGAUCCAUAUCUUCCAACUCUUCCUCAGGUCUCCAUCUGUAUUUACCGGAUCGAUGAGUCUCCUCCCAAUUUGAUCGAUAACGACGGAUCUGAGGAGAUUUGGAGCGGGGCUCAGAUUGUCAGCUACACUUUGAAAGUCGGUCUUGUUGAGGAAAGAGCGAAAAUUCGAGAAAAAGUUAUAAAAACCAUUUGAGUUUGUAAAGAGAUAGUUUUUUUUUUGUCACGCAACACAGCGUUGGAGAAUAAUAGUUUUAAAAAUGUUCUAAAUUUGAAUUAGAUUUAAUUUAAACUUUUUUUUCCUUUUUUAGUCGCAGUUUUCAAAGGAUUUACGUUUAAAAUAGGAAUUUUUGAAUACGCGCAAAACCCCUUCAAAUCGUAAUGAAAGUUUGAAAAAGUGAUAAUUUUUUUUACUCUUUACCGGAACCUGAACUUUCAAAUUAUUGUUCUUCUAAUUCACAAUAAAACGAUAGUGUUUUUUUCAAGAAGCGUUUGCAAGUUGUAUUAAAAACAUUGUUCUGAAUUGAUAUUUUCAGCAUUUUUUUCAGAAAAAUUUUUCAGAACAAGAUUUUUCUUAAAAAGUACGUUAACACGGUAUCUGCGUCUAAAAAAAUAUCAAACCUAAAUUAAUUCUCGAAAAAAAGAAGUCUUGAAAAGAAUCAGUUAAUCUCUUCUUUUUGAUGGUUUCUCAUCUUCUCAGAUCACUGGACUGAAUUUUCCAAACUCCAUUCCCUCGUUUUCCACUUUUACUGAACAUUUCCGGUCCGAAAAAAAUUACCCAAAGAUAUUUCCAGAUUCGCCUGUUUCGUCUCUGCCACGUUAGCGACCAAGUCGUCGACUUGGUCCGGGAAACGAACAAAAAGAAGAAACGAAAAGAUCAAUACAACUUUUUCGUCUCUGCAAGUUUUUCUGAGAAUCCCAGAAAAAUGAGGAAUAACUUAAGGUGCGUUGCGGGGAUCAGGUGACUGAGACGACGGCUGAACCCUUGCUGUCGUUGAUCGACGAUGACGUUCUCACGGAUGACGUCACUUUUGAGCAGGAACUAUAUCUGCCCAUCCAGUGGCCUACGGUCAUUUCCAAGGUUUCCUGAAAGUUUCAAAUACUCUAUCAACUUCGCAUUGUUUCAGAUUACCUUUGACUUGUUCCUAAAACGAGGACGGAAGAGGCGGUACAUUGGACAGGUUUUUUGGAUUUUCAUCUUCCAAUUUGUUUUUUCCUAGGCGAUCAUCCCGUUGAGAUCGAUUUACGAGCCAGGCGAAGCUGGAUUCUUACCGACGUUUGGACCAUCGUUUUUGAAUUUUUUCGGUCUCGAAGCGUUUUCCAAAGUGAAAUGGCGAGCCAAAGGCCGACAAGUCGAUACGGAAGAUGCUGGCAGCAAGUGAGGAUUUCUUGAGAUUCAGAAGAUUUCGAAGAAUUUUGAAAUGUUCCCAAGAAUUCCACACCCAAUAGUUUGAAAUCCAAAAAAUAAGGACCACUUGAGUGGAAAAGCCUGUUGCAGCUGUAUCUUCCACUAAAUUUUUGGUUUUUAAAAAAUUCUCGUAAUUUUUCGAAAACGUCAUUUAAACUUUCCAUUUAGAUUUGUCCACAUAACUUAUAUUUUUCGAUUUUUCGGAAUAAUUUUUUUCUAAUUUUUUUAAAAAUUUUUUUGGACAACAGCAAUUUUCAUAUGGAUUUUCUUGGUGUCAAAGAAAUUUUUCGUACUCCAGAUCAAAAUAAAUUAAAAAUUGAAAAAGAGGAACCUUCUUGAAGAUUAUAUAAUUUUCACCUUUUUUUGAAACGAUGUGAGUCCUGAUAUUUUUAAUAUGAAACGAUUCAUUGUCACAUUUCCGCAGAGUCAUCAUUUAAGGAGUCAUUUGAGGUAUCUGGCACGACUUCUGGUCGCUGUGGACUGCGUCGAAUACAUGGGAGAAUCGACGGCGCGAAGCUUCCUUGACCAUAGUUCUCUCCUGCAAGCCGCCGAGUUCGAGGUCUCCUUCGAACAUAAGGAUGAGAAUCACUCCAACUGCAACCAUUUUUGCAGAAAAACCAGGCGAGAUACGUCUUGAACUGCUCGCUGCAGUUCUGCAACAUGAUCAACCCGCUUUUCGCCUCGGACAACGUCCAGUUCAUGGUGUCCGUCGGCGAUUUCGGCAGCACCGGCGCCGAAAAACGAGAAAAUUCGAGCUCCGCCCUUGGGGUUGGACUUGAGAAGAUAUUUUCGACUCACGAAGAAAUAUGUCCAGGCGAUGCCGAACUACGACGGAUGCAAGUAUUUCACGAUGCCUUGGGGCAACAUGAGGCCAAUGAUCGAGGUGUUGUGUCUUUUCGAAGACGUCGAGGACCGGAUCCGCAGGGCCAACGCUUUGAUGAAGGUAUUUUCGAACGAAAGAGUUUUGAAAGUCUGAAAAGGGAAGAAAGUUGUUUUUUCAACCAAAAAAAAAUUGAAGAAAACUGUCGAAUUCUGGUGAAGCAACCCAAAUAACUAUCCUCGUUAGGGCUUCCUGAUUUACUGAUUUUUUUUUUGUUUUGGCUCAAGUUUGACUCGUUGAGAUGACGUACAUGCUGGACGCGACGGCGUCGACGAUCCAAGGGCUCGGCGAAGGGUCCGGCGACAGAGCCGCCUCGCUCUACCGAGAAGCUCUGGACGACCUCGAGAGAAUCGUUGAGCGCGUCUACGAUCAUCAGAAGUAGAGUUUCGAGAUCUCCUCAUACCUGACUCUUUUCAUUCCAGUCCUUCUUCCUUCACUACCCAUCUUGACGAGAAUCUCCAGCUGGUCCGACGGAAGAUUCUUGACAAGGUUUUAUUAUCUGAACAUGUGUCAUAGAUAUAAAGUUUGAGAGAAAGUGGAACAUAAAAUGAAAAAAAGGGUUGAAUAAAGAUACCAUGAAUAGUUUACUUUGAAUCUGAAGUUAAUCUCAAAAGUUGGGGAAAUUUUCGUUGAAAGAAUUUACUGUAAAAUUUUUCUCUAUGGUGAAGAGAGAAAACUGAAAAUAAUGGAACCGAUCUCUUUCUCCAGUCCAAAAAGAAAGUUGUCUUUUUUUUCAAUUUUAAGCCUUUUUUACUUUUUUACACCCUCGCGCAGAUUCAAAACAACUGUCUAUUUACUGGUCUCCUCUAGAAAACACUUUGUGCUCACAUUAUUCCUGGUUACCUUUGAUUACAGCUGAAAUCUGAAAUCACGGAAGUCCGAUACGAUGUCGCCUUCCAUCACACGAAUGUCUUUGCCAAAGUCUUGAGGAUGUUGACCAGAAUGCGACAGACCGUUUCCGAGUUGGCCCAGGAUGUUCAGGUCCUCAGAGAGAUAAAAUAUCCCUAGAGAAACCAACUUUUAGAUCUCACUACCCAGUAUAACCGUGAAGAUGAUCUCGAACAAAAAGCUCAUCGGUUAUGUCAAAAUUCCUGUCCAAGAGGUCUUCAGCGCUGAACGAGACGCUUUUUCGGGACAAUGGUGCGGCAGAGUUAGAGCCAUCAAACUGAACUGGCCCGCUUCUUUUGAUCGGAAACAUCGUCGCGAACAGGUAUACUGUAGGCUAGAAAGGAUGAGUGGUCACUGGAGACUUUUAGGAUUUCUUACUUUUGAGAAGUUUUUAGAACUCGAAGCUUCUAUGACCCUGCAUGGGUUCUUAGCUCUUAAUUGGCGUUCCAAAUUCUUGUCACGGCUCUUCGAUUCAAGAUUAUGGAAAAAAAAAAGAGUUUUACUCAAACUUUUAGAGUUAAACGCCCCAUAUUUAGGCAGAUUAGCAACGUAAAUGUUUGAAGCGGCGAAUAGCAACAGAAAUGUAGUAAUGAAGAUUUAUUUGACUGAAAAAAAGGGGUUCAAAAGUCUAACGGAUGAGUAUCAAUGUCUAAAUCCAGAGAAUUGUUGAAUUCUGUUCAAAUUUCAACUUUCAUUCAAUUUUCAAUCUCAUCCUUCUUUCUGAACACUCACCCACCCUUGCAGUUUCCUGCGGUUCUACACUUGAAAAUGUGGUUUGGGUGCCGUUCGAGGACGGUCAAAUGGCAAGAAGCCAUCGAACCAGCUGAACCGAAGUCCUUCGUAGAAGUAUUCCAGUCGGAGGUUUCGAAGACAACAAGAAUCUCCUCAAGUAUUCAUUCAAGAGGAAAACGAAGAUCGCCCGUCAGUGGAAGCCGGCGCCGAAACCUUAUUUAGAUGAGGACAGCGAGGACGUCGGUCACCUGAUCGCCGGCAUCUCUGGCUACAAGUUUGUUGUGAGUUGUGCUGCAUAUUAUCGUCGAUUUAUUUGUUUAUCAUGAAGGGAAACUGGAUUCUGCAAAACACACACGACAUGUGGAUGGCGCAGACGUCGGGAAGGCCGACCAUCGACGACAAGGCGCUCGAAGUCGAGAUUCGCAACUCUGACAAGAAGUUGGGAGAGUUCGAUUCUCAGAAAUCGGAUAUUUUAUUUCCCAAACAAAAUAGCCCCAAAUAAUAUGACAAAGUCAGUAAAGUGAAUUUUUUCAACACAAAUACAUCUGAAAAGAUCCACAAUUAUAGAUUUUAUCUCUUAUUUUUCAAAUUUCCCUGGAGAACUUUAGAAACGGCUGUAGCCUCUCUAAAACUUCAUUAUUCUCUACUCGCAGACCUUAUCAUUGAAAAAAAGAUUUUUCAAAACUAUUUGUACCAACUUUUUUUGAGACUAUUUUUUUUACGAGUACAAUCACUUUACCAUCUUCCCAAGUUUACUUUUUUUUUUUUUUUGAAUUUUUUUUGAUUUCCGUAGCAAAAAGAAUGAAUCAAAAAUAGUUUUAAGACGUGAAUUUCAAAAAUGAAUCGAGGUUUCAGAAAAAAAGGGAAAAAACGAAGCAGCGACAUGUAAAUACUUUUUUCAUAUUUUUAUUUUCGUAUACGUAUACGAAAAAUAAUAAUAUGAAAAAAGCAUGUGAAUUUUCAAAGUUUUUCAUCAAAAGCUAGGUGAUUCCAAAGAUUUUUUUUUUUUGCAGAUGGGCGUUCUACAAGUACACGGAGUACUUUGGCAGCGAGCUGACGGCGGCGCAAAUGUCGCAGGCUCAGUCCGGCUGGGAAUACACCAGCAAAUGGAUGGUGGAUCCGCAUCGGAACGUCGGCGGCAAGGACGGAUGGGUCUAUUCGGUGACCGGAAAGUUCUGGGACCCGAGCAAGGCCGUCGACCGUGAGGAGCGUCCUGAACACAAAUACCGUCGACGGUUCAUUCGUCGCACCCGACGCGCCACUGCUUACGCCACAGAUCAUGAGGACAUUGAGAAGUUCCAGCAGUCGUUGGGAGACACCAAAUGGGAGGUUAAUCAGUGAAGCCUCGAGAGUUUGAGACAAACUUUUUUUCUAGUACGCGCCGAAAAAGAACUACGCCUAUCAUGAUUUGGAGAAGUCUUCGGAUUCUCUUCGGAGACGUCGUCUCUUGGUUGAAGUCGAACUUGAUCGGUGCGGAUGCUUUUGAAGAAAAAAAGUCUUACCAUAUGUUGGGAACCUUCUUGAAAUCCUUAGACAAACUAAUUUCUCUCAUUCGAAUUUCAUUUCUUAACUCUCAUAGACUUCAUUUUUUAUGAUUAUGAAAAGAUUUAGUUGAAUUAUUAGAAUGAUAAGAAACUUAUUUUUUCUUCAUUGCACCAUGUUUGCGUUUGACCUCGAGCUCUACGUCGAAAAAUCGCAUCGCGUACGCAACGCUUUACCCCUGCCACUACCCAUAUCGCCUUUCGAGUCGGGAAAAAUUGACAAUAAGCCUUUCAAACACUCCAGAAAAGAGCUUAUGAACGAAUUGAGUUAUCCUUUUUUAGCAAGGCCGAACAGCUGGAUUUGGUGGCCUCGCGUCGGUUGCAGCGUCUCUAUGAAGCACAUUUACUCACCACGAAAUGGCAACUCCGCUGCUACAUCAUGUGGGCCAAAGACCUGCUCCCGAUCGUCAAGAACUCGUCGCACGCCUUCGUCCGCAUCUUCUUCUGCCAUCACGCCAAGCAGACGCUCAUCGUGGAGAAUUCCCAGAAUCCCAUCUGGAACGAGACGAUUGUCUUCGAAUCGGUCGGAUUACUUCUUCACAGUUCUUAGAACGGACUUUUUUCAGAUUCUCAUUCCUGGAAGCAUCCGAGAAAUCAUGACCUAUCCACCGGUGAUUCAUGUCGAAGUUCGUGGAGAGCGAUCAAAUGACACUGAGGUAACAGGGGAAAAAAAAAUUAAAUUUUUGUCAAGCUGUGAAGUUUGGGAAACAGUUUUUUUCCAACAUGUCUUACACCCCUUGGUUGAGUCGCGGCAGGGAGCGAACUUGUAACCUGUGGACCGUAGAAAGACCCACAAACUGUUGCGCUACGGCGCGCCUUUUUUGUGACCUAAAAUUAUCAUAACUUUAGAAAAAUCUUCUCUUGAAAACCACUGAAACAAAACCAUAAAAUAGUAGCUUUUAAAUGUUGAGCAUGAUAUUUUUUAAGUUUUCAUCUUUACUGCGGACUUUUAAAUUCUAAAAACGCACAUAAAGUAAUUUCAAAGUUUCAGAAACGGUAGAGGCAAGGGUGUGUUGAAACUUAGCAGUUUAUUUUCAGAUAAAAAUUUGCAAAAAAAGGAGAUUGAGUAGCCUUUUUUCCAAAUCUUUUGAAUUUAAACUCAUUAUAUUACCUUUAGGAGGUUAAAAUAAUUUUUAUUAUUGUCAAAACUACCUCCCUGAGCUUAGGAUUAAUUUCUACUCAGAAUAGGUAAAUUUUUUAAAGUCAGCCUCUCUCCUGUACAGCGAGUUAUGUAUUUGCCCACAUAAGCUCGUUUUAUUUUAUCAUUUUUUCGUUUGAUUUACUUUUUUUCUCCACUUAGGUCAACUUGGGCCGUUUCGAAGUCUCGCCGCACGUAAUCACGUCGUCGUCGGAUCCUCGGUCAUCUCCUCAAUGGUAUCCACUCAGAUUCCAUAAGAAUCACACCAGGUUUCUCUAUAACCUUUCUUUUUUGAUACCCUCCACACUUUCCAGAGGAUCAGUUUUGGCUUGUUUUGAACUAUUUCAAGCUGGAAAGAACGACGAUGUCCCGAGCAUGCCACGGUCCAAGAAAAGCACCAAAUCGUUAGUCUCGAAUCUUCUUGGCAAAAUAAAUAUCAAUUUUAAGCUCUGGACGGUUUGAUAUUCCGGCCGAUCUUCGACCAGACUUUUCCAAGUACACGGUUCAGUUUUUGUGCUGGGGAGUCAGAAACUUGGGUCGGUAUCAGGUUCAGCGAGUCUAGGACUUUUUGGAAGUUCUGAACAUCUUCCAGUUGCUCUCGGUGUGUCGGCCGUUUGUCGAAGUGACGAUUGGGGAAUGCGAACUUUCGUUGGAACCUUUGAAAAACGUCAACAAAGAUCCGAAUUUUCCUGAGCCGAUGAUCAGCUUCCCGGAGGUUUUAUAAUGAAAAAAAAAUUCGGUGACUGUUGAAAUCGGAGAAAGUUUUUAUUAAAUUAAAUCAUAUAUUUGAAUGUUAGAAGUGCUCGUUAAUAUUGUGAUCUGUGGAAUUGGUAUUAAAUAGGUAAAUUUCAAAUAUUUUAUCUUUGGUUGGGGAAGAUUCAUCAAUCGUUUUUAAGGACAAUUUUUAGAGAAAUUAUCAAAUCAAACAGGAUGGAGAAAAUCAAUUUUUUUUCUUAGAAGUUUCAACAUCAACUGCUUUUUCAACCAUUCUGCGAAUAAUCAACCCAUUUUCCCAAUAGGUAUCUCUGCCAACGGCGCUGGACUUUUCUCCGCCCCUUGUGGUGAGUCUCUACGACAAACGAGCCUUCAAUCGUCGGCCUCUGAUCGGCGUCUGCCUCAUUUCCGACUUCAGCAAGUACAUCCGAAAACAAAUUUCCAAAGUUUUUGUGUUCCACUUCCUUUCCUACAAGUAUUUUCUCAGAAAGAAAACGAAACGGCCCACAAUUGGGAUGAGUACGACGAAAAUAUGGCGCAAGAUGACAAAUACGAAUCGUCGAUUAGACGCUGCAGAUCGCUGAGACAGGUUGAUUCUGGGGUUGCUUGAGAGUUCUGCUCAGAGUUUGGGGCUUCUUCAGUAUUCACUCAGAAGGAUCUGAGCUCAAAGGAAAAUAGAGCCUAGGAAUAUUAGCUCACAAACAUUUCUAAAUUUCAGCCCCUAGUUUCUUUCUUUUUUCCUUUACUCACUUAAAUUUUUCAUAUUUUCUGACAUUCCAAUAUUUUAAAUAACAUUACAAAAGAAUAAAAUCAAAAAAGAAACAUAUUGGAGAAAUAGUUUGAAUAAGUGAUUAAUGUUACUUGCACAAUUUACAAAAACUUCGUCGCGCACUAAGCUGAAAGAUCCGAACAGAGUUCUCUGAGCUGAGCUUUUUUUUUCCUAUGAGCUCAGGUUUCUUGGGCUUAUUUUUUAGCUGUUCUGUUGUCUGCAAUGAUAGGCUGAAGAUGUUUUUUCUAGGAAGGUAUGCCGAACUUGGACUGGUGGAGCAAGUAUUACGCCUCGAUGGGACAGGUUCAGAGGGCUCCUGGAUACGAAGAGUCUCUCUUUUAUCACGUUCUUCUUGAAAAAACUGCUUUUCAGGUGCGGCAUGGAAUAUCUCCGCGUGCUCAAAGGAUCAUUGGAGGAAGAAGGCUGCUACAAUCAUUUCGGCGACUUUUUGGACACGUUCACUUUUGUGAGAAGCACCAAAGGCGACUUUGAUGAUCCCGAGGAAAAAGAGAAGAUGGGAGAGUUGAAGGCGAGGCUUCUGAUCAUGAGGAAUGAUACUAAGGAGGAACACGGUUUCGUCAUCCGCCUUUUUAGUUCUAAUUUCGUUUUUUAGAAGUUUUUGACCCGCCUGGUGUCGAAUUUGUCGGUCCUGUCGAGUGUCUGGUUCGGGUUUACGUUAUCGAAGCCGAAGGUCUUGUAGCGACCAGGAAAAGCGGCAUCUGCGAUCCGUAUUUGGUGGUUCGCUGUGGAAAGCAGAAGGUUUGUAUGAUUAUUAUACGAAAUCUUAUUCAAGACUUCAAAGAAACGCUGAAUAAGGUUUUUUCAAGGUCUAACCAAAAAGUUGUCAAAUUGUUUUUCAAUACACGUUUAUAUAUCACGAAAAAAACAACUUGUGGAAAGUUUCUGUUUAUUUGAACAGUGGCUCACGAAUCACUAAUCAAUUUCUGUAUCAUGUAGCGAAACCCAAAAACAUGAAAAUCUCUCCAAAAUCCUCGCAAUUCUUUCUUUUCUCAAGUUAUGAUUCAUUUCAGGUUUCUCUCUGAGUUUUUUUUUCCUUUUCAGAAGAACAUGAAAAAGAACUACCGAGCAGACACGACUGAUCCAGUUUUCGGGGAGAUGAUUGAAAUGAAAGUAACUGUUCCGGUUGAGAAGGAUUUGGUCAUUUCCGUGAUGGACAAACGACGCUUGCUGGCUGGUUCACUGAUAUUGAACAAGAAAUAUAGAAAAUAACUGAAAUUGAAGACGAAGAGUUGGGAAAGACGAAGAUCGACCUGGAGAAUCGGCUUUUGACGCGUUGGCGCGCGACUGCUGGCCUCAGUCGACAAUACACGGUCCAUGGCGAUCUUCCCUGGCGAGACCAACUCACUCCGUUGAUGACCCUCCAGCGGUUGGACCUGCAGCCGAGCUUCUGAAACUUUUAUUUUGUCAGCUACUGCAUCCGAAUGCUGCUUUCUCCGCCCAAAGUCCUACACAGAAAGAUCAAAAACGCGAAAGAACAGGAAGAAACGGAAAGAGGACUCUCUGUUCUCGGCGUCGAAUUUUGGCACUCCGAUGUCGUCGCCAGUUUAGAACGGUAUCAGCAUUUCGUACUCAAUAAAAUCUAGUGUCCCAAGAGGAAUGGCUCGAUGCUUCAAAUCCAUACUUUCUCCUUUUGGAAGAUGUGCUAGUAAUUUUUCAAACCUGCUCUUAUGUUGCAUCUGGUACCGUUGGAAUGUCUUUUCUGUUUCGCUGACGCAUAAUUUAAAGCUUGGAAGUUUUUUUUAAACUGUCGAAAGUCGCUUCCUUGUCGGACACGCCUUCAUAGAAACCCCUGCACAAUCGUUUUGCGUUCAUCCCUUCCCUUUGAUUUCUGGACUUUCUCAACAGUUUACUUCAAAUACUUUCCAGAGAAGAAAAGGAACUUGUGGAGAAUCAACGAUGUGCAGCUGGAAAAGAAGAAGGCUCAGAAGAGGAGGAAAAGCUGGAAAAGUCGGCUCGUGCCUACGCUGAGGUUUUCUAUACCUGAAUAUACCUUCAGUCCAAAUUUUGAGAACGAAGAGGAGAGGAAACUGCAGAAUUGGGAAGUCAUCGAAAUGGAACGUUCUGGGCAAAAAGUAGAUUAAUUAAAGGGGCCUUUAAUAAUUCAAAUUCAGAAAGAUAAGGGCCAAAUGACCCAGAAGACGCUGGAGUUUGCUCGCCACCAGAAUCGACGCAAUGUCAUGGGCUCACAAUUGCAGACUGUCGCUCUGUAUGUUUUGCAUCAGGUAACGUCCAAAAUGAAAUAAAGACACCAAAUUUUUAAACUAGAUGGAUCUCGUGCCGGAACACGUGGAGACGAGAGUCCUGCAGGCGUCGAUGAGCGGAGCAUCUCAAUGUGGAAAACUGAAGCUUUUCGUUGAUUUGUUUCCGGUUAGAUUAAUUUUCAUAAAUUCAAAAUUUUCAAUCAACUUAAAGAAUUCGUCGUUGAAAAAAAUCUUAAAAAUAGCUGAAAAAAUUUUCCUGUAUACCACUUGAACUAGUCAUCGUAGACUUCGUCAAAAAAAAAAAAGAAAAAUUGUUUCAAAGAGUUGUGAAUGAAAUAUUUGACCUCCUUUUUUUAUUUGAUGAACGUUUAUUAGGUUUAAAACUUGAUUUUUUUUUGGCAUUUUUUAAGUCCGAACUCCAGACUGAAGAGUGAAGAACACCGAACUUUGUUCUUGCCCAUUUUCGUUCCUCCAACAUUUUUCAUAAUUGUAUUCCUUUUGUUACAGCUGAGCUUCGGUCCGGUACCUCCGCCGUUGGACAUUUCGCCCCGACAGCCGGAAAAGUACCAGUUACGAGUCGCCAUUUUGAAUGUUUCCAACGCGAUUCCAGUCAAACGCAGUUUCGGCGACCCUGUACAAAUCAUUUUUGCAUUCGAGAUCCAUUUACAUCAUUUAGGUUGGUGACCUCUACGUCAAAGUUUUUGUCAAUGGGAUGUUGAAAAGCGAGAAAACCGAUGUUCACUACAGGUGUUGACAAUUAUUCUAUCUGAAAGUCCAAGGUUUGUCGUAGGUCCCUGGAUGGCUGCGGCGAAUUCAACUGGAGGAUAUUGCUCAAUAUUGACUACAAUCCGUGGGAGAAAAAGGUUGUCGCCAAGACGAAGACGCGAUUUUUCAGGUUCAUUGAGUCGGAAUUGUACCGGUAAUUCUAAAAUUUAGAAAGGCGCGAGAAGAUUUGGUGGAUCCCUUGAUAAUUAUUCAGCUCUGGGACAAGAACCGAUUCAAAAAGGACAAGCUACUUGGCGAAAUCGAGCUCGAUUUGACUCGUUUCAUGGGUAUAGACGUUGUAUGAGGGGCAUAGAAAAAUUUUGCGAAGUUUUUUUCUUUCAUGAUGAACCUCAAAAAAGUUUUUUUGAUAAUGUUGUGGACAAAGCCUGUAAAAAAUGGCCAACAAUGUUCAUAAAAAAAAUUAGAAAAAUCCGAAAAAAUGGAGAAUCGCCAUCAAGUUCUGUAAGAAUAUAGGGAUGCUCAAGUUAAAAGUUUUUUUUUAUCCAAUUUAGUUAAUUAUUCGCUAAUUAUAAUUAGACCCCUCAACCUUGUGAUUACGAGAAGCUGAACAAUAUUUUUUUUCUUGAUAGAGAAGUUGAUUUUUCGAUUUUUAUAAUCAUGAAAUUUAUCACAAAUUACCUUAUCAGCAAUUUAUUAAUACAAGUUUGCGGUUAUCAUGCAAAAAACUACAUACAUUGAGCUAAUCUCAUUCAAAAGAACCUUUGCGAGCUGAGUUCCUUUAUUGACUGCAACUUCAGAUUUCAGAAGGAAUCAAUGAACCUGAGGACAUUGGCAUUUUUGCAAAGAAGGAUCGAAAGCGCUGGUGCGGAAAGUGCUGCUCGAGAAGGAACUGCCUCGUCAAGUGAUGCUCUCUCAAGGGAAAACUUGAAGUCUGACUUUUCCAGGUGUUGCACCUGUCUUUUCACCUGCACGGUGAUGAGCUGUGCCGCGCUUUGCUGCUGUUGCUGCUACAAGCGCAAAAAGAAGAAGGAAGUGAAGCCGUUUCCGAAGCCGCCGGUUUCCCACCCCAAACUUUAUAGAGAACGUCAAGACUGUUUUUAGAAGUACGUCGUCGCGCCGGAAGAUGUCGGAUACUUGUCCAUGUUUGAGACGCAGUCGAUCUGGGGCUGGUGGCCGAUGCUCACGUCCAAAUCGCCUGUAUGUAGUUUGGUUUCGGCUUGAUUUCAAUACGAGUCGGUGAAAUGGUUUUCCUCAAAAUGCUAGUCUUCCUACUAAUAUUUUUUGGCCUUCUUUCUGAAUCGCUCAAAUCUCUCAUCGAAAAAACAUUCUUUUACAUUUGAAGCAAAAAAAAAAAUUUGACGAAAGAUAAGUUGAAAGUUCAUUGAAAAAUAUUUCGUUGGAGGGCCUCUAUGACAAGAAAAGAAAUCGGAAAUUUUACGGUCUGCCCGGUUCGGUUAAACACGGGUUUGCAUAUAAGAGUUUUUUUUUAUCCUCUCCUCGAGCUCCCAAAGCUAAACAUGGUUUUGAAAAAGAAAUGAUAACUUGAGUAUUAUUUUUUUGAUGUAAUUUCUCAACAUUCUUCAUAAAAUGUGCUACAGCCUGAACAAAGCUGAUUUGCUUUCAGUUCAUUGACUAAUACUUGAGCAUUCAGGGAACAGACGCGGUGGGAGCGAAAAAGAAAGACGACGAUCUUGAAGAAGAUCAGCAGUACGUGAUGGGACUCGUCGAGAUGGAGAUGAUGCUCGUGACGUCAGAGGAGGCGAAAGUCGACCCAGUCGGUCGCAAAAGAAAGAAGCCCAACCACGUCAGGCCAUUUCCUCCCUAAUUCAAAAACCGAUUUUGAAUCAUGAUUUGAGAUUCAGAAACUUUAUCGGAUUUAAAACUCCAAUAAUCUUCUCCGAUUUUUAAAUAAUAGAAAUUAUUUUCCAUGUUUAGAGUCCAUAUCUGGAGGCGCCUCAUCGUUCGGCUUGGAACGCAUUCUGGUUCACUUCGAGGUUUUUUUUUUCGACAAAACGGUUUUUAAUAUUUGAAAAAUGACCAGAGUUCGACCUUGCGCUCGAUGGUUCUGGAAAAAGUUUGGCUGCGCCCUACUCGUUUGGGUUCUCAUCAUUUUGCUCAUUUUCUUCUUCAUCUACGCCAUUUUCACCAAUUGGCCACUCAUCGUCCUCCAGAUCUUCAAGUGA